CUGGAGAGGCAGCCAGGCCGGAGCCCCUCUGGACAGAGUCGGCGGCGGUCGCCCUCGCUACCGCGGUCCUUGGUGGAGCCUCUCGGUCUCUCUGCAAACUGGAGAGGAAGCGCCCUCUCCUCCAAGGCCCGGAGCUGCAGCGGCAUCGCGGGGCGCGGCCGAGGGGAGGAGAAAGCAGAGAGCGAGCGAGCGACCGGGCCCAGCAGUGCCUCGCGGGGCUGCGGCUCCGCCAAUCUGCGGGCGCUGACGCGGGGGGCGGCUCCGCGGCGGUCGGAUAUCUGCCGGCCGGGCGCGGGGCGCCGAGAGCUCGGCCGUGCGGGCGCUGCGCUCUGGGACACCAGCUGCACCUGCCCGGCCUCGCCGGCCGCUCCGUGCGCCCCCUCCCGACCCUCACCCCGGUCCAGUCUUCCGGCCACAGCCUGACCAAGCCGAGCCCUGAGGGAAGGAGCCUCGCGCGUUCUCGCCCGCCGGGCACCCAGCGUGGCCCACUGAGCCCGCCGGGAGGAACGCUGUGUGGAUCUGAUGCGUGGCACCCGGGCGGAGAUGGGUAGCUGUGCCCCGGCCCUGCGCGCCUGAUGAGAGCGGCCGCGACUCGAGAGACCUGCGCCGGUCGCUACGAGCGAGGUGCCUCACCUGGCUGCGCCCCCUGCCACCCGCGAUCCCAGUUCCUCCAACGACAACCACUGGCCGCUCCCGAAAGGCCGAAAGGGAACGGCCCGGAGAUGGCCUGGGGAGCUGGCGCUUUGGUGGCGGAUAUCUUCCACGUCGUUCACGCCCGGGGACAGCCCCGGAGCUGGUAGCUUCUCGGCACCGAAUGGACCUUGACCCGCGAGGCGGCGCCGCGUUCGUGUCGAGCCGCGGUUGAGCAGCGCGAGUGGAGCGCGCUCCCGAAGGGCGCCCGAGUCCCAGACCCGCUCGCUUUCGUGGCCAUGAAGAUGAUCCUGGUGCGCAGGUUCCGCGUGCUCAUCCUGAUGGUGUUCCUGCUGGCCUGCGCGCUGCACAUCGUGCUGGACUUGCUGCCCAAGCUGGAGCGCCGCGCCGAGCGGCCCUCUGGUGAACCCGGUUGCUCUUGCGCUCAACCCGCUGCCGAGGCGGCUGCGCCCGGUUGGGCCCAGGCACGGGGCCGCCCGGGGGAGCCCUCGGCCGCGGGAGACGCGGGCUGGCCCAACAAACACACGCUGCGCAUCCUGCAGGACUUCAGCUCAGACCCUGCCUCCAACCUCACGUCCCACUCUCUGGAGAAACUGCCGCCUGCAGCUGAGCCGGCUGAGCGCGCCUCCAAAGGGCAGGAGCCUGGAGACCAGCGACCGCGCGACCCUGCUCACAAGCCGCUACUGCGAGACCCCGGUCCCUGGCGGUCCGCGCCGCCCCCUAGCCCCAGCAGGGAGGGCUCCCUCUUGGCCAGAUUAUUCGAGCACCCGCUCUACCGUGGGGCCAUUCCGCCUCUGACAGAGGACGACGUCCUGUUUAAUGUGAACAGCGAUAUCAGGUUCAACCCCAAGGCAGCUGAGAACCCGGACUGGCCACGCGAAGGUGCUGAAGGUGAAGAAUUGCUCCCCACUGGGGAGGUGGCCUUGGACUCCUAUCCCAACUGGCUCAAAUUCCACAUUGGCAUCAACCGCUACGAACUGUACUCCAGGCACAACCCGGCCAUCGAAGCUCUGCUGCAGGACCUUGGCUCUCAGAAGAUCACCAGUGUAGCCAUGAAGUCGGGGGGCACGCAGCUCAAGCUCAUCAUGACGUUCCAGAACUACGGGCAAGCACUGUUCAAACCCAUGAAGCAAACCAGGGAGCAGGAGACGCCCCCCGACUUUUUUUAUUUCUCUGACUACGAGCGGCACAAUGCAGAGAUCGCUGCCUUCCACCUGGACAGGAUCCUGGACUUCCGCAGAGUGCCUCCUGUGGCCGGCAGGAUGGUCAACAUGACCAAAGAAAUUCGGGAUGUCACUCGAGACAAGAAGCUGUGGAGAACUUUCUUUGUCUCUCCAGCCAACAACAUCUGCUUCUAYGGGGAGUGCUCCUACUACUGCUCCACAGAGCACGCACUCUGUGGGAGGCCAGACCAGAUAGAGGGCUCCCUGGCAGCCUUCCUGCCGGACCUGUCCCUGGCCAAGAGGAAGACCUGGCGCAACCCCUGGCGACGCUCCUACCACAAGCGCAAGAAAGCAGAGUGGGAAGUUGACCCCGACUACUGUGAGGAGGUGAAACAGACUCCGCCCUACGACAGCGGCCACCGCAUCCUGGACAUCAUGGAUAUGACCAUCUUUGAUUUCCUCAUGGGCAAUAUGGACCGCCACCACUACGAGACUUUCGAGAAGUUUGGAAACGAGACAUUCAUCAUCCACCUGGACAACGGAAGAGGGUUUGGGAAAUACGCACACGACGAGCUUUCCAUCCUGGUACCUCUACAGCAGUGCUGCAGGAUCAGGAAGUCCACCUACCUGCGCCUGCAGCUGCUGGCUAAGGACGAGUACAAGCUGAGCCUGUUGAUGGCUGAGUCUCUKCAGAGGGACAGGGUGGCGCCCGUCCUGUUCCGGCUACACCUGGAGGCCCUGGACCGGCGGCUGCGCAUCGUGCUGCAGGCUGUGCGUGAUUGUGUGGAGAGAGACGGGCUACGCAGCGUGGUGGAGGACGACCUGGACCCUGGGCACAGAACCUCCACUGAGAGGUAGUGACCUGCACCACCCACACUGCCCACCCAGGAGCAUGGCUGCACAUGCCACAUCAUGAUUCCGUGAAGUCGUGGACAGGACAGGGUUGUCACUGCAGUGACCUGCCGCCCAGUGGCGCAGACUCCUGAGGGGCUCCAGCAGGACACUUCCAUGCUUCUCCAAGACCCAGGACAGGCAGGAUGUGCUGCCUGUGGCUGCAGUAGAGGCCUCCGGUCCUUUUUGUGGGAAAGGAAGGCUAUUUCACUGUUUUAUAUUUACGUAAGGUGCAAUGUACCAAGGGAGGGACGUCUGCACGGGCCAUGGUCACCUCCAGCCCUGCCCGAGGGCUCUCUCCUGGUCCUGUGUGGCGCCUGCACUCUGCACCUUCUCUUUCUGCUCUUGCCUCCCACGCCUCCGCAUUUAGAGGUUGGAGAGACCCUUUGGGGAUGAAGGGGGUUCCCGGUGGAUGUCAGGGCCUGCGUGUGGACAGAUGGACACCCGAGUGUGAAUGACCAGUUACUCCAGGUAUCCAGCAGUGGCCCUGCCCCUCCCCGUUGCAGCAGGCACCACUGACCCACGGCUUUGCUCUGGACAGUUGGUAUGAACGUCACACRGGUCCUCAGGGGCCACAGCAGCAGGCCGACCUUCCCGGCAUCUUUGUGGAGUAGUUUGCGAUGUGGUAAAAGUGCAAUAAAGAUACGGCAAGCGUGUAUUUUCGGCCUCACUAGGGCAAGGCCCUCACACCCUGGUGCUCAGCUGCCCGCCYGCCAGUCCUCCCAGAAGGUAAGGCCUGAAGCCAGACAUGACCAAGGCCCAGCAUGCCCGAUGCCCAUGUGGCCCAAAGCCCAGAGCCUGCUGCCGGGGAGCCGCCUGCCAAGCCCCGGGAUAAACAGGCCGGGUGAGGCCUGCACUCCCGAAARCAGGGAUGGGCAUGAGGAGAGGGCAGGGCAGCUGCAGAGCCCUCUGAGGACUGGGUGGAGAUCACUGAGGCCACAAGAGGCCCAGAGGGCCACACCCUGUCAGGCAGACACACCGUGUCUCCAGCAGGAACCACUCCAAAAUGGGGGCAGCUGAGAGAGGCCUCUUCCCACUACUGGCCCCAGAACCUGAGACCCACCAGGCCAAGCCUGCAGGGAAGGCCUAGCAAGUCUACAAGUCUACCCAGGGAGCAGGUCGACAAGCAGAUGUGACAGAGACUCACCCCAGACCCCCACACUUCCAAGCCAUGAGAAUCCAGAGGUCCUCCUCCUGCCAGGUGCUUCCUUGCCYGUCACCCUGCCGGCUACUCAGCACUCUGUGCUGAGGGAGGCUCCCUGGGCCCUGGGCCCCGGGAGGCAGACUACCAGGUGGCUGCUUCUCCAAAGCCACAUUGCACUGGUUUGAAUCUUCUCAUUUCACAGGUGGGGAAGAGGCCCAGAGCAGGGAAGACAAGCAGUAAGGCAGGUUAGACUCCCAACACGGCAGAGCCAGAGCYAGAAAUCCCUAAAGACCAGGAGGGGCACAAGGCCCCUGGACCCUGAGCGAGGCUGGGCUCAGAUGUGGGCUUCACACAGCCAACCAGUAAAUGGCCUCAGACUGACAGAUCUUUAAAGGAAAUAGCAGGAUGAUAAAGGGGUCCCAAAGCCUGCCUCCCAUCCUGUCAGCACAAGGUCCAGUGUCCCCACAGUGUGGGAAGCUCCACCCCCCCUAGCUUCCUCUAGGCCAGCCCACUUCUGCCCAGAAGAACCAGUACAGCCAAAAUGCAUUCAAGUCCCCACCUCAGGCUACUGGGGACUGGGAUACAGGUGUCAGCCACGAGCUGGAAGCCAGGCUAUCACCUGUCCUGGGUCACACACCCAGGAGUCACAAAACAUCAGAUUGGGAGGGGCUGUCACUAGGGCCCCCUCCCAAGUCCUCUAUAGGUCCACAGGACAGUUGGGCUGUGAUGUGAGAGGUCACAGGACAGCAGAGCAGUCCGAGGCACAGAUAAACAUGCGCUCAAGACCAAAUGAGGCCAUUUGGUGGCCGCACCAGGUCAGCCCAGCACAGAGCCUACAGGGCCUAGGGAAGUUAAGAUGCUAGCAUUUUUGAGACAACUGAUAUAACUGAAUUAGCAUUUCAAAAGAUCUCAAGGGGCCAGGUGCAGUGGCACAUGCCUGUAAUCCCAGCAGCAGGAGGAUCAUGAGUUCAAAGC